UGCACGGAUGUCUUUCCCUGUACCACUUUAGGUUGGUCGUAAGUCCCCUCAAGACUAUGAGUCAGCACCUUUCUUGGCAGCUUGUUGGACGUACAUCAGCCUCGCUAUUCUCAUCAUGUUUGGCUACCUCCGAGAUUUUCUUAGGAGGAUCGGACUGGACAAAAAUCAGUCUACAACGGAGAGAACUAAGAUGAAGGGAUUUGUUCCUCUUUACACGUCAUUUGAGGGGUUCUUCAGUAGGAAUAUCUUCAAGCGCGCCAUCCACGGUGCCGGCAAACCGAUCUGCAGCCCUCCCACGGUAGAGGUGGACGUGUUGGAAAGGACCAGUGACGAUGAGAAUUGGCACUUCAGGUUGACAGGAAAGAAGAGGCGAUGUAUCAACCUUGCCUCCUAUAACUAUCUGGGGUUUGCGGAAAAGGAUGGCCCUUGUGUUGACGCCACAGUCCAGGCCUUGCAACAGUACGGUGUAGGAGUCUGUAGCACCAGACAUGAACUUGGGAACUACAAUAUACACGAGGAGCUGGAGAGAACAACAGCCAGGUUUCUGGGCGUGGAGGACGCUAUCACCUUCGGCAUGGGUUUUGCCACCAACUCUAUGAACAUCCCUGUCCUUAUGGGUGGUAAAGGCUGCUUGAUUUUUAGUGACGAGAAGAACCAUGCCUCCAUCGUACUGGGUGCACGUCUGUGUGGAUCUGUCAUCCAGGUCUUCAAACAUAACGAUAUGGACGAUUUGGAGGAGAAACUAAGGGACGCGAUCAUCAGCGGCAGGCCUGGGACACAUCGGGCCUGGAGGAAGAUCCUUAUCAUAGUGGAGGGGAUCUACAGCAUGGAGGGCUCCAUCGUCAAGCUGCUGGACGUCAUCCGUCUGAAGAUAAGAUUUGGUGCCUACUUGUAUCUGGACGAGGCUCACAGCAUCGGGGCCCUGGGGGAGACAGGCAGGGGGGUGACUGAGUACUGGGGGGUGGACCCCCGGGACGUGGACAUCAUGAUGGGAACAUUCACUAAGAGCUUUGGGGCUGCAGGGGGCUAUAUCGCAGGGUCAAAGAGAUUGAUCAACCACCUUCGAACGUACUCUCACAGCACCACGUACGCGUGUUCCAUGUCAGCUCCGGUAGCACAACAAGUCAUAUCGUCCAUGAGGACCAUCAUGGGUGAGGAUGGUACGGACAUGGGUAAACUCAGGAUUGCGCAAUUGGCAGCAAACGUUAAGUACUUCCGACGGCGGCUUCGGGAGAUGGGCUUUGUCGUCUGUGGUGAUGAUGAUUCCCCUGUUGUACCUUUUCUCGUCUGCGUGCCUGCAAGAGUCUUAGCGCUCAUGGAGGAGCUCUUCGAGAGGAACAUUGCUUGUGUGACGGGGACUUUUCCAGCAACAUCGAUCACGAAGGGUCGGGCCCGUGUCUGUAUCUCUGCUGCCCACACACGGCAAAUGUUAGACAAGGCUCUGGACGCUAUCAGUGAGGUAGGAGACCGUCUGCAGCUGAAGUACUCCCUCUGACAACCAAAAAAGUUUCAUAUGACGUGGAACGCUACAAGUAUACAAUGAAGUGAACAGUCCGGGUCACAAGGCAUGAUGUUUUACCGACAGAAUCUUUGCUGCCGUUUCUCUGUUUUUGCAUUACAGACAUGGCAUUCUUUCGAAAAACCAAAGCUUUUGCAUUUGGUUCGAAAAGAAAACAGAACUACAUUGGGAAAGCUAGCAUUUCACAGUAUGUUUUAUUAAUGUUGGGUGUUUGUGUUGUUACCGAAUCAUAAAUAAGCUGUUCUUAGAUGGCCAUACCGCGAUAUAGAAAUAUAAUUCUACACUUAUCCUACAUUCUUAUGAUUAUUCUAUACUUUGACCUUUAAACAUGUUUGGGACAUUUUGUUCAAUGAAUUUUCAGUUGUUUAUUUACUUAUGUAUAUAUAUUACAUUCUCUCUUUUACCUUUCUAGCCACAUAAUUUACACUUUUAUACUUAAUAUAUACUUCUUUGCCGUUUGAAAGGUGUUCCAGGAAAAACAUACUAUGUCCUCCUUUUUCGUGUUUUGAGUCAUAUUCAAAAUAGAUGAAGUGGACUGUAAGAAAAUGAAUAAAAGUCUAAUUUUGGUAUUUUUGCCGAUAAAAGAAAUAAAUAAAACUAGCUAAUAGAAGCUAAGAGCUCGAAGACAUUUACAUUAAUGUUUUAAUGACGUAAAUGACCUUCAUGUCUACAAGAUCUAUGUGUGUUUACGCUUAAGUACAAAGAUAGAAUGCGCUGCAACCAAAAUACCAUUAUCAGUAUCAGAAUGAUAGAACACAGCUUGUAUUUGGUAAAUUGUACAACAUUAUAGAACACGUAUUAAUAGACAUAAUAUGGAAUUAGCAAUUUUUCCCACGCUGAAUAUAUACAUGUAUCUUACUGAACAGAAGUGAUGAAAAAUUACAUACUGAAUCACUGAGCGGCGUGCAUUCAUCAUUGUACUGCGAUAAAGUGAUAAAGCGCCCUUUAUCAAAAGUAGAAAUAUUUUCGAGACAGAUAUGUCAGGAAAAGCUUAUUUCAACUAGCAACGUUACAUAGGUGACAGUUCAGCCAUUGCUAAUAUAACAAUCUAACAUAUUUAAGAAUGGGUUUAUUCAAAGCAAACUAACUAUGCAAUCCAAUUCUGUAAAGGUGAUUUUGGUAAUAGUAUCUUACGCCUGAAAUUCAUAACGUUUUCUUCUUUUCGCAAGGAGAUGAAUGUGUAUAAAUUAGCCUACAUACUAUAAGAUACAAACCGGAACAGGGCAUGAUGAUAUUAUAAUGGAUAACUUUGUAUUUUUAUUUGAUAUUGUCAGCGGUAUAAUAUGCACUAGAAAUAACAGAACAUUUUUGUCGUUUUUUUAUGAUUUGUUGAAAAUCUUGAAGUGGAUCUCGUUUUUAAUAAAAUUAUUACAUGCCAAUGGCAGACCUGGUGUUGCGUCGUUAAUUUUCGAUUCUUAAGCUAAGGGGUGAGAACUGAGAACAAAUCGUUUAUUUUGUUAUUUUGUCUCUAGAAAAUUAUUUUGACCAAUCGGGAGUUUUCAAGACGACUGUUUUUGUUUUUUUUUUACUUUUGGUGUUGAAUCUAUAAUGAUUUUUAUGAAUUGUUUCCAGUCGAUAGAAACAUGUCUUUCAGACCGGUCUGUUGUGACAGUGAAUAUAAAGUACGCAAAUCAGGAAUUUACGUUUUAUGAUAAAUUGGAAUAUCAUUUACUCAAACUCUCGGUACAUCGAAAGCAAUAUAUACGAAUUUGUAUCAAUGCCAUCUAAACUAUUAUUAAUUAAUUUUGUCUAUUUUUAGUGUAAGAUAACUGCCAAGUUUCUAGACCUUACGCACGCCGCUUUAGACAUAAACGAUGUAAUGAAAACUGAAGAUUAUUUCGGAGAUUAGAGUAAGCCGCACUGUAAUAAAAGUGUAACUGAUAGCAUUUAGUACGUCUGUGCAUGAUUCGUGACCAAUGCGUUGAGGAAUGAUUAAUUCUCACUUUUGAGUAUGUGUUAGGUGUAACUUAAAUAUGAGCCGAUCUAUUUUUUGAACCUAAAAUCGCUAUUUUUAGAGAUGUUCGUUUAAAAAAGAGUGAAGCUCUUAGGUGGGGCCGCG